GCCGCGUUAGUUCGCCAAGUGUCGCCUCGUCCGCUUUGCGCCUGCGCGAGCUCGCGGAUGGCAACAGCGGUCAGGAUCUGGGGUUUGGGGGGCCGUUGGAAGGGAGGUCGCGCGGCAGUUGGCUCGCGCGGCCGCUUUUUUUCAACGUCCGCUGAGGGGCCGCAGAAGGAGGAGGCCUCGCAGCCGCCGCCUCCCGAAAACAGGACUUCAGGUUUUCAGCCUCCUUCACAUUCUUGCCACGAUUGGAUUGGGCCUCCCGACCCGAAUUCAAACAUCCGACCCAUAAUAUUUUAUAUUCCUAAACAUGAAUCUCCGCUGGAACGCAGACUUAGAGAACUUAGACAAGAAACUCAGGCUUGGAAUCAGCAAUUCUGGGCGAACCAGAAUGUAUCAUUUAGAAAGGAAAAAGAAGAGUUUAUUCAGUCCAGAUUGAAAGCUAAAGGUCUAGAAUUGAGAGAUGAACAAGGGAAGAAGGUAACACUGAAUGCUGAAGAAAUGGCUGAAUUUUACAAAAAUUUCUUCAAUAAAAACUUUGAAAAGCAUCUAAUGUAUAACAGGGAUUGGUACAAACGGAAUUUUACCAUCACGUUCCUCAUGGGUCGAGUGGCAUUUCAGAGAGCAUGGAGAAGACUUAGGUUUAAAAAAAUAAGAACUGAGGGCUAAUACGUCACAUCACCAGGUACCUUGGGAAGAUGGUCAUUUCUUAGAAACUGAAUUGCAAUGGUGGCUGUUUUCAGGUCUUGAGGUAGCUUCAGAUACAAAUGAAGUUGUUUGUUCUUUCUCUGCUACUCAUUAUAGCACCAAAUAUCCCUCCCAUUAGUUGAAACAUCAAAAUUGUACCUUAUUAAUAGAAAAAAGGGCUCAUUAGAUCCCAAUUUAUGGUUUCACACAUCAGUUUUUCAUGCCUUCUUUGUCUGUGGCCUGGCCCUUGCACUCCACAUCAGUGAAAACACGUGACGAUCCUCAGUGCUUAAAAACAGGUUUCAUAACAUAAUACAAAAUAAAUUCUAAAGAGCUUGAUAAAUGUACCAUUUUUUAAUUUCCUCAUAGUGCAUCUGUUAUGAUGCAAUCCUAAGCUGAGUUACACCUUUCUAAGUCCAUUGACUUCUGUUUUGGGGAGGUGUAAUUGUGCUUAGGACUGCCUUGUUAGUUACUCAGCUUCCAGGAAGAAAGUGAUUGUAAAUCCGGACUGAGCUACAAAGCGCUUGCAGACACCACUUCUUUUUUGCCAAUUGUCUUUUGAUCACCCUUCAGUUACUGUAGGUGCUUAAUUUCUGCAUUCCUUGAGAACCAAAGCGCCAAAAGUCUGUUUCAUCUUUGAGGGGUUUCUGGGUAUUAAUGAUCUGUCACCUUAUUUAACAGUCAUCUAGUCUAAAUGAACAUUGUGUAUCGAGCCGGAAUUGUGUAUGGCAUGUCUAUUUGGCUGUGCCUCGAUACGGUGGUGAUGUUCCUCUUGUUAACCAACCAACUGCAAAUACUGUCCUUUGCUGUUCAUGAGAACAGUAGUCCCUUGCAGCUACCUCAGCAUCUCUGAUGUCAGAUCUGGUCAUGUCCCAAUCAUGAUUUUUCAAGGAAACCAACAUUGUGUUCCUCUGCCAUUGAUCAAAAUCAUGAAACUACAGUUAAUUGACUUGGUGUAUUUAUCCCUCCGCGUAUAAGCUUGAAGGAAGGCUCCCUCUUUCUAAAUAUAAUCGUAAUCUAGAUAAGUCUUUUCGGGAGCCCUAAGCCUCUUCAGAAGUGUUGAAGGGAGCAAUUUAAUAACCCUGCUGAAAUUUGUUAUUGGGAUGAAGUCAUGUCCAUUUAUCAUAAGGCAUCUGUGAGACCUGAAGGACAACACCUGUCCUUUAGCAGAAGGUGGUGAUAAGUGUGCUGGUCUUCUUUCAGAAGGGCAUAGACUAGCUCUGUGUGCUUGUUUUAAUUAAGGGUGAUUGAAGCUAUGUAGGACAACCUGACUUUACUUUAAAAGUCCCUGUUGUCCCUCUAAGUGGGAUCCUGUUAUGAUUCUGCACUCACUUCAUGGCCCCAUGCAGUAGGAUUGUCAUUUAACAGUGUGUUGGCUGCAUAAACCAAACAAAAGGAUUCUAAUGUGUUAUUGUUUCACUACACUUACCUUCGUGAGUUCGUUAGCAGAGGGGUUAAUAUGUCAAUCUGAACUGUUUGGUUCAGCCAGUUAGGGCCUUAAAGAACUUAUUGUUUGUUGGAAGAUUUUAAAACCAAAGAACGUUUUUGUAUGACAUUUUUUUUGUGCAGACGCUCUUGAUCAAAUGCAUUUUGUGGAUCUUUCCGCAUACCCAUUCAACUUUCAUAUACAGCUUUAGGCUCCUCCCUCUCCAGCUCUGAUGAUUUGCCCUUGUCCAUCUUCCUGGGUGUCUCCAACAGGUCUCCCUAGGCCAUAUUCCUUCUCCUUUCAUCAGCCUCCUCUCCAGCCUUUUCCAGGAACCUGCCUUUAAAGAUCGAAAUAGCACUGCCCCUUAUCUGGGCAGUGGCCAUAGCUGUCUUCUCUCUGAGGGCUCUCGUACUGGGCUGCUGGUUGGCUUCUCUUGCCAUCUGCCCUUUCUCCAGCCCUGUUGGCUGGGGUAGGCGGCCUGCCCACUGUUCCCCAACCCUGCCUCUUCCCUGGCCCUUACAAGCCCAUGCUUCUGGCCUUGGGCUGCUGUUGGGCAUACCUGGUUAUUGUGCAGGAUUCUCCGGACCCAUCCUGGCUUCUCAUCUGGCUUACCUUUGUGCAGGCCUCUCUGGCCCUGCCCUGGCUGUGGAGGCUGCUGCACUCUCUGGGCUGCUCCAUUGUUGGGCCCCAGCUAGUUUUUCUGCCUGCAUCUGGAGCCAUGGUGGCAGGUAAAGGCCCCAUGUUGUCACCUGGGAGACUGCUUGGCUCUCUGACAGCGGGGAUGGGGCUGCUGAGAGCUGCAACUCCCAAAGUGGCACAGCGUCUCUGGACACAUUGCUGUUUUUGAAUUAUUCUUGAUCCAGACCAGAGAUCCCCUGCUGCUUUCAUUUUGCACAUGAUCAACAGCCUGCAGUUGUUUAAAUUUCAUUGUGUAUUAUUUUUGAUACAACUGGUCAUUGAAUGUAUUUUCCGGUGAGAUGCAUUAUUCAGGAGAAUGGUUUUUCUUUUGCAAGAAAAAAAUGAUAUUUUAAAAUAGAUAAUUACUGUGAGAAUCAUAAGGAAUGUAAUGUCUUUUCAUACUCAGUUAUCAAAUGUACUAGUUACAACAACAUUGUAAAGUAAUGAAAAUUUGAGGGAACUUUGGAAGGAAUUUCUACUGUAGUUAAUAAAAUGCUUAAUUUAAACAAC